UUAAUUAUUUUAGCAUUGAGUGAUAAAUCCGCUCCACCAUAUUCAUACACGAGAGUUAUCAUAUCACAUUCACCGCUCUUGCUUACACACUUCCUUUGACUGGAACCUUGAGAAGUGACUAUGGCGGUUCAAGAUGAUCCCAUGGUGGUUCCCAAUCUCUCUCCGCCCAAUACCUACGAAGCUGUUGUCAAUGGUGGCACCUUUGACCGAUUGCAUGACGGCCAUCGCCUCUUUCUCACCGCUUCUGCUCAGUUGGCGAAGAACCGUGUUGUCAUUGGAGUUUGCGAUGGUCCUAUGCUUGUAAAGAAACAGUUUGCUGAACUCAUACAACCAAUUGAGACGAGGAUACAAAAUGUCAAAACUUUCAUAAAGUCUAUUAAGCCAGAGUUGGAAGUGCAAGCUAUACCAAUUACAGAUCCAUAUGGCCCUUCCAUUGUUGAUGAAAAAUUGGAAGCUGUGAUUGUGAGCAAAGAGACUUUACCUGGUGGGUUGGCUGUGAACAGAAAAAGAGCUGAGAGAGGCCUUUCACAGUUGAAGAUUGAAGUUGUAGAUUUGGUCUCCGGAGAUUCAGGUGAGACUAAGCUGAGUUCAUCAAUGUUGCGAAAGCUUGAGGUUGAAAAUGCCCAAAAACAAAGUUCAAUACCAAAGACAGAGUAGUAACAAAGAUUUGUUGACAUGUAUAAAAACAAAGACCGAGUCUAAGAUGUCCAUUAAAGCAACUAAUAAGCAGGUGCAUCAGAGUCGAAGAUGUACAUUAAUGCAACUAAUAAGCAGGUGUAGUUCAAUGAUGUAUUUAUUUAUUUUUUUAAGUUAAAUAAUCACGUGUAACAAAAAGAUUAUGGUUUUGUUAGGACACAUAUUUUCUUCCUCUUUGAAAUACCUUUGAUUAAUAAGUAAA